CCACGUAGACCAAAACAAGAUGAGUUUUCAAAGCUAAACCUCAUCAAGUCUUACUUUUUCCUCCUUUUUUCUCGUAAAUGGCGCGAAAAGAAGUCCAGGGAAAGUCCGAGAUAGAGAAAUACAGAAAGAACUUAGGGAAGCAUGAAUUUAGUGGAAGAAGUAAAAGGAAUACUUUGAAGUCCAGAGAGAAAGCUCAAGCGAGAAAGUCUUCACAUCCUUUGCAAACUGCAGUUCUAUAUUUGGCCUUCGUGCUUGCUGUGUUACUAGCCCUCUAUUGUCUUUUCUUCAUGUUGUAUGAUAUCAAGAAAACUGAGUAAUCUCAAUAUAUCAUA